AAUGUGACAGUCACACAGCACUUCUUCGUAGCUCCGCCGUGUUUCUCCACUUCCGCCCUGACGUUACAAUAUAAACAUGCGUGUUGCUAUAAUCGGCGCUGGAGUCAUUGGAUUGUCCACUGCUCAGAGUAUAUAUGAGCAGUACCACUCCAUUGUUAGUCCACUGACCAUUGAGGUGUAUGCAGACCGCUUCACCCCACUGACCACCAGUGAUGGCGCGGCAGGCUUUUGGCAGCCAUACCUUGAUGACAAGGGCAAUCUAAAGGAAAGGGAAUGGAAUAAACAGACCUUUGACUACUUGCUCAGUUGCCUCGGUUCACCCGAGUCUGUAAAAAUGGGUGUUUUCCUCCAGUCUGGCUACAACCUCUGCAGGGAACAAACACCUGACCCAUCCUUUAAAGAUAUAGUCCUCGGCUUUAGACGUCUCUCAGAGCGUGAGCUGCAGAUGUUUCCUGGCUACAGCUAUGGGUGGUUCCACACUAGUCUCAUGUUGGAGGGUAAAACAUACCUACCCUGGUUAAUGGACUGGUUGCAAAAACGAGGUGUGAAAUUUUAUCACAGGAAAAUUGGCUCAUUUAUAGAGCUGUCGAAAAAUGGUGCAGAUGUGAUCAUAAACUGCACUGGUGUAAGAGCCGGAGAGCUCCAGCAUGACCCUGAACUUAAGCCAGGCCGUGGACAAAUAAUUAAGGUGGAUGCCCCAUGGCUGAAGCACUGGAUUUUGACCCACCAUUCAAGUAUAUACAACUCACCAUACAUCAUCCCAGGGAGUCGUCUCGUGACAGUCGGUGGGUUGUUCCAGUUGGAUAACUGGGAUGAGCACAAUAGUCCCACUGAUCAUGAAAACAUUUGGGAAAAGGCUUGCCAGCUGGAGCCUAGUCUAAAGCAUGCCCGGAAAAUAUACGACUGGAGCGGCCUCAGACCAGUCCGAAGCACAGUCCGACUGGAGAGAGAGACAAUACAGUGCGGUGCCACUGCAGUAGAGGUGAUUCAUAACUAUGGCCACGGAGGUUUUGGACUAACCAUUUACAGAGGCUGUGCUCAGGAAGCUGCCAGGCUUUUGGGUCAGAUCUUGGGACAAAAGAGUCUUGAACUGAAAGCUCACCUGUGAAUUUGUGUUGGUGAUUCGGUUGGAAUUUUCUUUCCAGUGGCUAAUGACGCAUACAUUAAUGUGAGGUUCGUUACCAUUUAGACCUCAGAACUCAAUUUUUCCAUUAUAAGGGAGCUGGAGCCCCAUUCAAAUAUUAAUACUGAAUCAGUAAUCUUACGGGUAUUCAAUAAUUAUAUCUAAAUCAAAUCAAACUUUAUUUGUAUAGCACUUUUCAUACAUAUAAAAAGUAGCACAAAGUAAAUAGCCUACUUACAGUUUACAACCAUGUCAAAUGAUACAAAACCAUAUGUUAAUCACUAAGAUUACAAUUUAUUUAACGGAUAAACCUUAGGCCCAGACUGAUUAGAUAAGUACUAACCGAAUAUACUGCAUAAAAAGAGACUUAAGUUAAAGUACCACUGACACUAAGUGUGGUGAAAUCACCCUCUGCAUUUGACCCAUCCCCUUGUUCCACUUCCUAGGAGGUGAGAGGGAGCAGUGAGCAGCAGCAGUGGCCGCGCUCAGGAAUAAUUUUGAUGCUAAGUGGCAAAAUGGGUCCCAACUGACAAAAAAAAAAUUGCAUACCAUUAUGUUGUGCUGAAAUAAAUAAACUAAAUUAAUAAGAAAUGUGUUUCUUAGCUGUCAAUAACAUUUUUUUUUUUAAUUAUUAAUUAAAAUUAGGGGAAGCACGGUGGAGGAGGGGUUAGUGCGUCUGCCUCACAAUACAAUAGUCUUGCGUUCAAUCCUGCACUCGGGAUCUUUCUGUGUGGAGUUUGCAUGUACUCCCCGUGACUGCCUGGGUUCCCUCCGGGUACUCCGGCUUCCUCCCACUUCCAAAGACAUGCACCUGGGGAUAGGUUGAUUGGCAACACUAAAUGGGCCCUCGUGUGUGAAUGUGAGUGUGAAUGUUGUCUGUCUAUCUGUGUUGGCCCUACGGUGAGGUGGCGACUUGUCCAGGGUGUACCCCGCCUACCGCCCGAAUGCAGCUGAGAUAGGCUCCAGCGUCCCCCGCGGCCUCAAACGGGACAAGCGCUAGAAAAUGGAUGGAUGGAUGAUUCAAAUUAUGCAGUGCUAAAAUAAAUAAGUUCAAGCUAAAUUAAAAUAUACAUCCAUCCAUCCAUUUCCUACCGCUUGUCAUAAUAUAAAUGUUUCUUAAAUAAACUGUCAAUAAAAUUAAAGUGAAAAUGAAA